CGGACUCCCGUGGCGGGCAGGACCAACAAAAUAAAGAAAAUGGAGAAGAUGAAGAAGGCAACACAUGCAGCAAAUCUGGACAAAUUGGUGGAAGACUUUGCCCUUUUGGAACAGAAAAUAUGCGAAAUUCAGGGGAGAAACAGUCUUUUGGAAAUUCAGCUGGAGGAAGCAAAUCGUUUGGUGAAACUGACACAAACUAAAGAAAACUGUUUGAAAGAAGAAUGUGUUGUGUUGCAUAGAAUGAUGGAGGAACUGCAGGGCACCAUUCAAAAUCAAUAUGAUGUGAGAGAUGAAAAUGAAAACUUGAAAAGAAGGAUCAGGGUUCUGGAAGAGAAGUUAAAAAUGGUUGAACAGGAGGAAAAACGACAUGUGGAGAGGUUGCUGUUACAGGUGAAAACAAGGGAGCAGGAGCAAGAGGCAGAGCGUGCUGAGAUUCAGCAAAACUUGAACAGGCAAUUUGAAAUAAAGGAGGCAGAACUCAACAGAAUUAUUGACAAAAAGGAAACAGAGAUUCAGCUACUGAACAGACAGAUAUGUUCUCAAGAGAGGGAAAAGCAAAGGGAGAUUAUCAAGUUGCAAAUGGAGUUUAACACCAAGCUCGUGAAGAUCCAAAGCACCUCAUUGAAGUCACCACAUCAUGAUUUGUCUGGUUUGCCUCACAACAUCUUCAAGAGGAAGUUACAGCAUUUACAAGAGGAAAAAAACCAAGAGAUUGCAGCGCUUCGCCGGACCAUUCGAGAGCUCGAACAGCAGCGAGAUUGCAAUCACACCUUGCAGCUGAAACGCAGGAAGUUUUAGUAUAAAUUUACUUUGAGGCAGAGUCUUGUGAGACAUGAGGUGUGGAUUGAAGCUGGUGUUGAGGUCCUCUCUCUGAGCUGCACUUGGCCUUACUAAGAGCUUUGCUGUUGUGGAGAAAUUCAUUUCUGGUCCUUAACACUAAACACACAGUUAUAUGAGGGGAUCAUUUGCUGGUUGUACCCACCUCUUGCUCACUCAGUUCUAGCGAGGGCAAUGGGACUGAUAUGGGAAUAUUGAGUAUGCUUGAUGCUAUUACUCUCACAAUGCUGGGAACCAGAAAUGACUUCCUCCCAGAGUGUGUUUGGCCACAUAUUUCAACUCGUAAGGUUGAGUUCUUUCAUUCAUUGUUCAAGCGAGUUUAAAUAAAUGUUACAAUUGUGAUUAAGCAUUUGUAAUGAAAUUUAGAUUGUGGAACCAGAUGGAGACGGUAUUAAAGGGCAGAAUUAUAACAUUGUAGACUGCAAGAUACAGACAGGUUGGCAGAAUAAACACACUUAGCAGAUGGAAUUUCACAGAGCGAGUGGGAAGUGGCACAAUUGGGCUGAAGGAGUGAGAAACAAUAUAGCAAGAUAGUUUAUUUCUGAAGGACAUGCAGGAACGGAGGGACGUCUUGUUCAACGUCAGUAAAACUAAAGAGCUGAUUGUUGACUUCAGGAAGGGGGAAGGAGGGUGAACAUGCGCCAGCCUACGUUGAGGGAUUGGCGGUGGAGAGAGUCAACAGCUUUA